GCAGUGAAAAUUUCAGUUUUCCACUGAAAACACACAUCUCGAAAUGGUCCGCGGAAAAUGGCAAAUUUCGCUUAAUUUGCUAGAUUAAAUUGUUCCUAUUUAUAAAUCAUUCCAACCAGAAAGUCUCGUCUUCGGUGUUAAUCGGUUAAUUGAUUCUAUUUCAAUUCGAAAAAUGUCUGGAUUUUUAAAAAAUCCAUGACAUAUUUUGGAUUCUUUCGCAAAACAAAAAGAAAUCCCCAUCUGCACAUCUCCCAGCAAAUUGGGCAAAGUGAAAAGAGUGGAAAACCAUAGUUCGAAAAUAAUUUAAAGAAAAUAAAUAAAAAUAUAAAUUUUAAGGAAGGAGGAAGUUUUCGAGUUUCGAGAAAUUAUGCCAACUCGGGUUGUUCUCGUACAGUGAGUGCGUGAAGGAAUAUUACAUCACAGCUGGUGUUGUUUUUCUUUUUGGAAGGAGAUAAUCUUUUUGUGACGCCUUAAAUUACGGUCCGCUCGAACGGUCCAACGUCCACCGCACGAAAGACGCGAAACUACUCGAGAGUCGGGUAAUACGCGUCCUUAGGUGUGUUUGAUUAACAAUUAGCAUUUGUUUACUCAGUUACUCGGAAUUCCAGAGCUAUGGAAAGUGCCCAGGCCACAACUUAUGAACCUCUAGAAGGACGAAGAGUAAAUCACCACGAACCGAUGGAUAGUCCAGAAAUCGAUGUUGGUCCACCAAAGGACCGGAAGCACGUAGUCUACUUAGCUUUAUUGGCCGCAGGAAUUGGAUUCGUUUUGCCCUACAAUAGCUUCAUUAUAGCUGCCGAUUAUUGGCAAGCCCGCUUUCCAGGACGAUCAGUUGCUCUGGACAUGUCCAUGACUUACAUAAUCGUAGCCUUCGCCACAGUCCUGCUGAAUAAUGUUUUCCUAUCGCUGGCACCGUUCCGAAUACGUGUCCUCUUUGGAUAUGUCAUAUCCUUUACCACUUUGAUAUUUGUGGCAGUUUGUGAAGUAGCAUGGCAUAUGUUUGCUGCUAAUACUGCGUAUUCUGUGAACUUGGCUGCUGUCUCAUUAGUGGCCAUCGGUUGUACAGUGCAACAAUCGAGCUUUUAUGGAUUUGCUAGUAUGUUGCCAAAGCAAUAUACCCAAGCUGUUAUGGCAGGUGAGAGUUUAGCAGGAUUUUUUGUGUCUUCCAAUCGCAUCGUGACCAAGCUACUCAUUCAAAAUGAUCGCGUAUCAACUGUCGUAUUCUUUUUGGCAUCAACAAUGUACAUUGCAUUUAGCUAUGUUAUGCACGUGAUGACCAUUCAUUCACCUUUUGUAAGGUACCACAUGAAGGCGUGUGCCAAAAUUGUCCUCAGGCCAGACGAAGAUCGAUUGUUUUAUUCAUUUCAGAACGAUGCCCUAGAUGGGGAUACCGCCACGGCUAAGUAUGGCGUUUUAACCUUGGAAUCGAGUCCGCCAUCGAUGCAGGCAACUGGCAAUGCCCCAACAGCAUUGAGUUUUAGUAAUCCUGUUUACGAACUGUCCAACCCAACAGCCGGUGAGUCUGUCAUUGAGGGUUUGAAUAACCUCCCCGAAGUUCCAACAACUCCGCAAGAGGCUCCAAAUGUUGCGUAUAAGGUCGAGCACAUUCUCACUCCAGGCCAGUGUAAUCCCGGCAAGUUGACGGAUCUCCGCAAUGGCUUCGAUUCAAGGUGGAGAGUAGCCCAAGCCAUCUACCCCUAUAUGGUUUGCAUAGCUAUGGCAUAUUGUGUUACUCUCUCACUUUAUCCCGGCAUCGAGUCGGAGAUCGUUUCCUGCAGCUUGGGAACAUGGCUGCCAGUUCUGUUGAUGUUUACCUUCAACACAGCGGAUGUUAUAGGAAAAAUCUUGGCCGCUGUGCCGUACACCUGGUCUCGCAGACAAUUGAUCUUGAUGUCAGGUUUGAGGAUUGUCUUGGUGCCCAUGCUAUUGCUCUGCUGUGCUCCACGCGCCCAUCCAGUUAUUACCGGGGAAACUGCUGCUUUUAUUUUUACUUUUGGUCUCGGAGUAAGCAACGGUCUUGCUGGAAGUCUUCCAAUGAUGCUAGCUCCAGCCAAAGUACCCGGAACUCUCAAGGAGGUGACAGGCAAUAUGAUGACGCUGUCAUACAAUGUCGGACUGACAGCUGGUUCGCUGAUUGGCUAUGUGUUUGAGUCGAUGUUGGGGGCCCAAUUGACCAAUCCCUGCCCCACAUACCCAUACAUCCCAUCGCAUAUGAUAAUUGAUAACUCUAAUCUACACCACAUUACCACGCCCAAUAGCAGCAUUCUUAUGACCACUCUAGCUCCGACAACUCCUGCAACCCUGCUGACGUCAACAGCAGCUGCAACCACAGUUGCAACUACCGCAAGAACUCUUCUCACAACAAUGUCCUCAUCGCUGGCAACUCUCCCCACCACGAUGGCAACAUUGUUCACAACAAUGACAUCUGACAGUGCCCAGACAGGGGAGGAAGCUGUCACAAAACUCAUCCAGGCAGCUCUGACCACAACGCCAGAGUCAACGACCGAUCAUUUCUAAUUCUACACAAAAUAAAUAAGGGAAAAUAUGAAGAAAAAAGUAGUGUCUCUGUACUGAGAGUCUUUUUUGUAUUUGUUAUGAAGAUUUACACUCCAAGUGGAACAAAAUUGUUAUUUUUUGUAUGCAAAAAGGUAGGAAAUCGACGGACUGAAUAAAAAAAAAAAAAACUUUGAAAAUAAGACCCUAACUGACUUAAGUAACUUUUUACAAAAAGCUCGCCUUCAAAUGGGAAAUUAGACGAGAUAUUUUUCAAAAUGAAAAAUUAUAAUUAAAAAAAUAAAAACAAAAACUUAAGCAAAUACUGUCUCACAAAAUAAAUGAAAAAAAUAUAUAUUUUUAAUAUUGCAAUAACAACAAAGAACAACAGCAGCAGCAGCAAACACCUAAAGUUAUAGAUCUUCUACCACAGAAUCUUAUAAAACAAAAAGCAAACUUAUAACUUUCAUCUUCUACUGAAAUAAUUUACUUAUCAUUAGGUACUUUAUAUCAUUAACAAACGAUUUAAAAAAUGUUACUUAAUUUAAAGUUGGGUUGACAGCACUGGUGAUAGUGCAGAAUAUCACCGUAAACGGAUGAGUGGAGCUUGGUAACAAUGUUGCAAGAGAUUUAUCCAUCAUUUGACAGUUCAACAGAACUCACUUGUCAAAGUCUAAAAAGCUAAGCUUAAAAAUAAAAACAAACAAACCUUAAAACAUAUUGAACGCUUGUGGCAUUGUUAAAGAGCUAAUUUCGUUGUGAAUAAUUGUUUUAAAUAAAUUUCUAGGCACAUUAUGAUAAAUAAUAAGAAAAAAUAUUUAUUAAAAGUAAUUUAUUUAUACAUAAAUUAAAUUAAAUUUUAAAAAGAAAAAUACUUUAUUUUGCAAUGUAAAUACAUUACUCACAACAACAACAAAACAACUCAUAGUGUUUAGAAAAAUUUAAAUUAAGGGACAAAAUGUGUUAUUUUUGUUGUUUAGGUUAUGGUUUAUCUUAUUUUAAUAUUUGUUUAAACAAACAUUUUAAAUAUAUUUAGAAAAAGCAACACACUACAUUAUAAAAUAUAUGGAACAUAUUUGUAUGUGUCAAAGACACUAUUUAAAUAAAACUUGAUAGACAAAAGUAUAAAAUAAAAAUGGAAACAGAAUAAGAAGUAAAUUAUAUACAUAGUACAUAAAAGGGUACGCCGGAUACAUCGAUGUAAGGAUGUCAGCGUAAAAUCAAUGCAGUUAUUGUAAAAUAUUGAUACGUUUAUGAUAAAUAAAAAAAGAUAAUACAAAAAGACA